AUGCUUACAACUCACUCGAGAGCGAAGUUACGCCUCUUCUGUGUCACUGGCUUAUUGGUUGGGUUGACAUGCAGUCGGCUGAGCAUCUUCUUCCCAUCACCUGAUGGUAUUUUUUCCAUUCUUCGAGGUGUAGUGGCCUUCUCUCACCAGUUCUUCGAGGUGCUUUUUCCAAGCAAAGCAGUCAUUUGUGUAAUGCCCUUGUGUCCCAUGGAAGGUAUAGUACCUUAUGGUAUCCCUAUUGGUCGGAUCUCCCUUCAAGGGUGGUGCAUUUCCUUGGGGUUGCAACUUGCGCUUGCCAUUGUUCAUAUUGCUGAACCUGUCAUUCCUUUGAUCUGCCUAUUUAUCUUAGAGGGAUUCAUCAUGCUUCUUGCAUAUGUUGAACAGAUGGUCAAGGUUCUUCUUAAUUGUCCAGGUCAUUGCAAACACCUUGCUCAUCAACGCAUCUUCAACCUUGUACAGGAUCAUAGCACUCUUGAAGUGCUUGAGAUGGCUUCCGGGGUUGGAAUCUCCUUUAAAUGGGUGGACUAUGAUUGCGAGGGUUCUCUGUGGCUUGUCGACGUGAGUUGGUUCUUCCAUAGUAGGUUAGGUAACGUUCCUCUUCACAUACCUCAUGACGAGGGUCAAUGGAUUGACCUUCCUGGGGGCCUAGCCUCUCAUGAAUAUUUCUUAGUGGUCCCAAAGGAGCAUGGACAUCGGAUCGUGGCCCCAACCUCUCAUGUACAUUGGUCCUUAGACAUAAUCUUGAAUGGGCACUCGAUCUACUUUGACCGGGGUUUACAGAUGCUUGUGACAUGCAUGCGUGCUAACAGCUUGUUCUUAUCCUUCUUCAUAGCUGCUCGAUCCUGCUCUACCUACCUUGGACCUCUCAAACUGCCUGUUGGUGCAUUCUUCCAUCCUUCUCUCCUCAAGGCCAAGGUUUCAAACCAAGUCAAUCUGGUUAAGGAGCUGUCCAACCAAGUUGUUUUGGUCAUUUACUCUUUGAGUCAGCUGGUCAACUCUAAGACUGAGUUUUGCUUGACUAUCACCACAAUGGUUGUGGGUAGUGAUGUUGGGAUGAUCCACGAUGGCACCGUCAUGGUAGUGAGCAUCAAAUCAGGCCGUGAGACCGUGCAGUUGGCGGCUGCUAGAAUCGACAACAAAGCUGUGAGGCUGCAAAGUCGUGGCAGCCACGAGACUAUAAGGUUGCAAGGGUGCUCUAGCCAUAUGUCCAUGCGGUUCAGCUAUACGCUCAAUAGUGGGACCUGGUGCUGCGGUUGUGGGGCCGUGUGGUGGAAAGGUGCUCACAACCAUGGAGCGGUGAGGUGA